AUGGCAUCUGCAACAACGAAUCCCACUCUCAACAUCUCUAUCGUCAACCGCACGUCCUUUCAAAGCGUCAACGCCUACGUUACGGGCCUCGCAAUCAAUAACGGCUACCGCUUCGUCCUCAUCCAGUCCGAUGGCCACACUCCCUACUAUCCCGAAUCCCCCUCUUCAACCGGUGCGCCUUUAGCAGCGAACUGCUCUAUUGCACUCGGCCCUCCAGGCUCCAGCACGUCCGUAACCAUCCCCAGAAUUGCUGGUGGCAGAAUUUGGUUCUGCAUUAACGACACUUUGACAUUCCUUCUCAAUCCCGGGCCGGGUCUCGUUGAACCCUCAGUUAGCAACCCAUCUGACAAAAACUAUGGCAAGAAUUGGGGCUUCUGUGAAUUCACAUUCAACGAUUUCCAACUCUUUGCAAACAUUUCUUACGUGGACUUCGUCAGCAUCCCCGUCGCAAUGAACCUGAGAAGCGCCUCUGGAGCCAGGCAAAGCGUGACUGGUAUCCCACGAGAUGGUCUACAGCGUGUAUGUGACGGACUCGUGGCUCAGAAUGCCAGGGAUGGAAAGGGCUGGGACCGACUCAUCGUCCGCGGAAAAGACGGAAGUAUUUUACGGGCAUUGAGCCCCAAUACAGCAAUGGUGAUGGAUGGAUCUCUAUUCCAAGGCUAUUAUGAUGCCUAUGUGAAUGCCAUCUGGGAAAAGUACAAGACCACUGCACUAUAUGUUGACACGCAAGCUCAAUGGGGAACCCUCACCGCAAAAGUCGAUGCCAGCACCAACCGUUUAACCUUCCCCUCCAUCGGUGCCUUCUCCAAGCCCUCCGCCCGCGACAUCUUCUCCUGCUCUACUGGCCCCUUUGCUGGGUACCCGACUAAUACGGAGGCGAUGGGAAACCUCACUGCUAGACUCGCUGCUGCUCUCAACAGGUCGACACUACUGGAGGAUAACAUGCAGCCGGAGAGGUCAGCGGCUGCGUAUUAUACUGGAGGAGGAGGAGUCACGAAUCAUUACUCGAGGGUGGUUCAUGCUGUUAAUGGGGAUGGCAGGGGUUACGCUUUUCCAUACGAUGAUGUGGGUGCGUCAGGAUCGAGUGACUUGGCCGGAGCUGUUUGGGAUGGGAAUCCGAGUGUAUUUGAGGUUGUUCUUGGUGGUUACUAG